AUGCAUCGAAGCCUUGCCUUGAUUCUCGCCAGUUUCCUCGGGUUCUGUUCCAGUUCAAGUUUCCCAAGUAAUAUCAAUAUAGGAGGACUAUUCCCAACCGAUUCCCACGAAUAUGAGGUCUUUCGAUUUGCACUUUCUCAACACCAGGAUGUCCCUAAACUGGUACCACAAGUGGAUAUGGUUGAUAUAGGGAGCAGCUUUGCCAUGACAUAUGCAUUUUGCUCGCAGUUCUCCAGAGGAGUUUAUGCCAUCAUAGGGCUGUAUGACCGGAAGACCAUGAAUAUGCUCAUGUCUUUCUGUGGGGCUCUGCAUGUGUGCUUUGUAACUCCCAGCUUCCCCAUCGACACCAACAACCAGUUUGUUAUCCAGCUGAGGCCGCAGCUGCAGGAUGCUCUAAUCGCCCUUGUGGAGCACUACAAAUGGACCAAGUUCGUCUACAUGUACAGCUCAGAUUCAGGUUUGACAGUGCUCCAGAAAAUCUUAGACACGGCAGCUGAGAAAACCUGGCAGGUGACGUCGGUGAAUUUUGACACUCUGACAGAAGCAGCUUUCUUGAAAGUCAUCCAAGACCUGGACCAGAAGAAAGAGUACCGGAUCAUUCUAGACUGCGAGCUUGAGAGGCUCAACUCUAUCCUCAACCUGAUUGCAGCCCAAAGACAGAACUUGAAGAGUUACCACUACAUACUGGCAAACCUGGGAUUUUUAGACUUAAACCUCACUGAGUUCAGGAAGGGUGGUGCCAAUAUCACAGGCUUUCAGCUGGUGAACUACAGCGAUCCCACCGUCAGUAGAACAAUUCGGGAUUGGCUCGAAUUUGACAGCAAAGACCUCAAAGUGCCCAAGAGGAGACUGAAGUACAUGGGAGCUCUCACAUACGAUGGCAUGAGCGUUAUGGCCACUGCCUUCCAGAAUCUGAGGAAGCAGCGUAUCGAUAUUUCUCGUAGGGGAAAUGCCGGUGAGUGCUUGGCCAACCCUCCUGCUCCCUGGGGCCAAGGUAUCGACAUACAAAGAGCUCUUCAACAGGUACAACUAGAGGGUUUGACAGGACAUGUCCAAUUUAAUGAGAAAGGGCAUAGGACCAACUUCACUGUCACCGUGAUGGAAAUGGCCCAAACCGGACCCAAGAAGGUGGGGUACUGGAACGAAAACGAAAAAUACGUGAGCACGGCGACAUUUUCCCAUACCCUCAACGAGACCUUCGGACUGCAAAACAGGACCUACAUAGUCACCACCAUCCUUGAAUCACCUUACGUGAUGCUGAAGAAAAACCAUGAACAGCUGGUGGGAAACGAUAAGUAUGAAGGCUACUGCGUGGAGCUCGCCGCUGAGAUUGCCAAGCACGUGGGUUAUUCCUACCGGCUGGAGAUAGUGGGAGACGGCAAAUAUGGGGCCAGGGAUUCCGAAACCAAGAUGUGGAAUGGAAUGGUUGGUGAACUGGUUUAUGGGAAAGCUGAUGUUGCGGUAGCUCCUCUAACCAUCACUCUGGUUAGGGAGCAGGUCAUUGAUUUCUCCAAACCCUUCAUGAGUCUCGGAAUUUCCAUCAUGAUCAAAAAGCCAACCAAGUCUAAACCAGGGGUCUUCUCUUUCCUGGACCCUCUGGCCUAUGAGAUCUGGAUGUGUAUUGUGUUCGCGUACAUUGGCGUGAGCGUGGUGCUCUUUUUGGUGAGCCGGUUCAGCCCAUAUGAGUGGCAUGGUGAAGACUCAGAAGACGGCGCAGAGCAGCAGGAUCAAGGGAAAAACAGGUCGCCCUCACCAGAGCCCAGCCAUUCUCAGUCUCCGAGUCAGCAGAACCAAGCCCAGAACCAACAGCAGAACCAGCAGCAGCAGCAACAGGAACACACCAAUGAGUUUGGAAUUUUCAACAGUCUGUGGUUCUCUUUGGGUGCCUUUAUGCAGCAAGGGUGUGAUAUCUCCCCAAGGUCGCUCUCUGGUCGAAUAGUUGGGGGAGUCUGGUGGUUCUUCACUCUCAUUAUUAUCUCCUCUUACACUGCUAAUCUGGCCGCCUUCCUCACUGUGGAGAGGAUGGUGUCACCCAUCGAGAGCGCUGAAGACCUGGCCAAACAGACCGAGAUUGCCUAUGGGACUUUAGAUGGAGGAUCCACCAAAGAGUUCUUCAGAAGAUCCAAGAUAGCCGUGUUUGAAAAGAUGUGGUCAUACAUGAAAUCUGCGGACCCCUCCGUGUUUGUGAAGACCACCGAUGAAGGAGUGGUGAGAGUGAGGAAGUCCAAAGGGAAGUAUGCCUACUUAGUGGAAUCGACUAUGAACGAGUACAUCGAACAGCGCAAACCCUGCGACACAAUGAAAGUCGGAGGAAACCUGGACUCCAAGGGCUACGGCGUGGCCACUCCUAAAGGAUCUGCCUUAAGAAACCCUGUAAACCUGGCAGUGUUAAAACUGAAUGAGCAAGGCCUGUUGGACAAAUUGAAAAACAAAUGGUGGUACGACAAGGGCGAGUGCGGCAGCGGGGGAGGUGAUUCCAAGGACAAGACAAGUGCUUUGAGCCUCAGUAACGUGGCUGGAGUUUUUUACAUCCUGAUUGGAGGACUCGGGCUGGCCAUGCUAGUGGCCCUGGUCGAGUUCUGUUACAAGUCGAGAAUCGAGUCUCGGAGAAUGAAGCAAAUCAUCAAUGCAGCCAUGCUAAGUUCCACCUUGACCAGGAUGAGUCAAACGGGCAGCGGUGGAGAGAAUGGGCGUGUAGUGGGCCACGAUUUCCCCAAAGCAGCACAGGCCCUGCCCUGCAUGAGUCAGGCCGCCAGCAUGGGCCUGAGCACCACGGGCAUCUGA